GCAGGGCGCAGCGGCCCCGUCAUGACCGGCCACCGCAGCUGGGGAUACGGGCAGGAUGACGGACCUUCAGAGUGGCACAAAUCUUAUCCUAUUGCUCAAGGGAACCGCCAGUCACCUAUUGAUAUAGUUUCUGCAAGAGUAGUUUAUGACCCUAAUCUGAAGCCGCUUAUUAUCUCCUAUGAAUCAUGUACAUCUCUGAACAUCUCCAACAAUGGCCACUCAGUUAUCGUUGAGUUUGAAGAUACUGAUGACAAGACAGCAAUCAGUGGUGGUCCCUUUGAGAAUCCAUUUCGGCUAAAGCAGUUUCACUUCCACUGGGGGACAAAGCACAGCCAGGGAUCGGAGCAUACGAUUGAUGGCAAACCCUUUCCAUGUGAGCUCCACUUAGUUCACUGGAAUGCCAGAAAAUAUGCAACAUUUGGAGAAGCAGCAGCAGCUCCAGAUGGCUUGGCAGUAGUUGGUGUUUUCUUGGAGAUUGGGAAAGAACAUGCCAAUAUGAACAGACUCACUGAUGCUUUAUACAUGGUAAAAUUUAAAGGAACAAAAGCUCAAUUUAGAAGCUUCAACCCCAAAUGUCUCCUGCCCUUGAGUCUAGAUUAUUGGACGUACCUUGGUUCUUUGACAACACCACCCCUUAAUGAGAGUGUAACAUGGAUAGUGCUGAAAGAACCAAUCAGAAUUUCUGAGAAACAGCUGGAGAAAUUCCGCAUGCUCCUCUUCACUGGUGAGGAAGACCAGAGGAUCCAAAUGGUGAAUAAUUUUCGCCCCCCUCAGCCUCUUAAGGGGAGAAUAGUUCGAGCUUCCUUCAAGGCCUGAAGAAAACUCAUAAUGGCCCUGAGACAUCCAAGAGCU